CUAAGAAGAUCACGCCAUGAAGCCCGCUCCGCUUACGCGACUCUUCUGUUACCUGAUUCUUACAACCCAAGUCGUUGGCCGGCCCAUGGACAGGAGUAUUUUUGAGGGACCGAGACUCACUCUAGAUGGGCUAGUAAGCGAUGAGAGUGCUCAGGCUCUGCUGUACUUUCUAAAGGAAAAAUUCCAGCGCGGCUUAGAAGGAGGGGACCCUCGAUUUCAGCUGAGGCUCACCAAGGGCUCUUUGCCUUCUGACCUUCAGGACACAGCUCCGGUUCUAAGCAUCCUUCAGACUCUGUUUCAGGAGAACAGGCCGGAAGAACCAUCCAAAGCCUUCCUGGAAGUCUUCUCUGACCGGUUGAAGAGGGAAGACCCUCCUAUCUCUAUUGACUUGACAUUUCACAUACUGAGGCAGAUGAUCGAGAUCGCCAAGACCCAGAACCAGAAACAGCAGGCCGAACAGAACCGAAUUAUAUUCGAUUCCGUAGGGAAGUGACGUUGAAGGUUCUGGGACUUCAGACCCAGUAAUACUCCCUCUUUCUCCAAAACAUGGGAUGUGCAAUACCUCACAAAGCAAAGACUUAUGUCCACACGGGGGUGGGGUGGGCUCCGAUGCGGCCCGUAAACUCACAGGGCCAGAGGGAGGGUUCAAUAAGGUGUCUCUAAAAUGUAAACCUAUUCUCCUUGUAUCCAACUUCAGUUCCUUCUUCAGCUGGUGGUUCCCAUCCAGUCAGAGGUUCCAUAAUACACGUGUCCUGGUUCUGUGGACAUGCAGUGAAGCCCAGAUAUAGCGUCCUAUGGUCAGCGUACGGAGCCAGUAAUCUCACCGGGAACAGCAGGGAUUGGGAAUUAUUAUUAAACAUCCUGUUUUUAGAGCAGACGGCUGAGUCUGGGAGAAACCCAUGUUAUAUCCGCUGGCGCUAAGUGAUCAUGGAAUAAGCCCUGACUGAUAAUGGAGCAAUGCUUACCACUGAGGCACCUUGUAGUGUAUCUGUACUGGCCCUAUAGAUAUGAUGUCAUUUACAGUCAUUAAUCCAGGAGGUGAGAUGUAUAUGUGCCUGGUCUCCAGGAUAUCAGUACCGGCAUACGUAUAUCUCCACCGCACAAGUUAUAUAUUGCAGUCACCGUGUAUAGUGGUUGAGUUUCCCAAGAACACAGAAUAAAAUCUGCACUAGGCCCGAGAGCUGAAAAGGGCCCGUUCAUUUAUUGCUAUCGUGCUGUGAUCUGCCCACGUGCUCCUCUGCUGUGUGUUCCUGUCUGUGGUGUACAA